GCACGAAGGCCUUCCAGCCCUCCGCAGGAGGAUUUUUUUCGCCCUCCGUGGCUCCGCCCUCUCGCGAGCUCCUGCUGCCUCAGGUUGUUGCUGGAAACCAGAAGCCUCCUGCUCUGCUCGCUCUCUUUCAGCCCAGCCGGGGAGAGCAGGGAAUCCCAGCCGGGAGGCGGGACGCGGAGGAGCGAGAGGAGCCCAGGCGCGGUGGAAGGGGGCUUAGUUUGCAGGACCGAAGCAAAAGAAGGAAGAAGAAGGCAAAGCGUGAGCGAGCGAGUGCGAGUCUCUUUCUCCGCCGCCAGCCCGCUCUUGCUACUUCUCACCAGACAGAAAGUUCAGGUGUAUUUUCAACCCUUGGCUUUUAACUGAAGAUCAGGUUGAAAGAAUCCUUGCUUUUGUACAAGUGGAAGAGGCUGUUAGUCCCAUGCCACUGGAGCAGAUGAUAUUGGACCCACCUCCAUUUCCUGGGAGGAGUGAACAAAAUGCUAGAUUGGCUGAGCCUGCUGUCAACUUGUUGUUCAGGAUACAAUGAACAAAAUGAAAACUUUCAAGCGGCGUUUUUCCCUUUCGGUUCCCCGUACAGAGACUAUUGAGGAGUCACUGGCAGAGUUCACAGAGCAGUUCAACCAGCUCAACAACAGAAAGAAUGAAGAUCUGGCACAAGGACGACUACACCUGGGUCACUUGAACAGGGACAUCCAGACACAGCCCAGUUCCACCUCACCUUCAGAAGGCCAGUCUCCAACAGCUGUGCGUUAUCGAAAUGGCAACCAGCGCCGCUUUUCCAUGGAGGAUGUCAGCAAACGCCUCUCUCUGCCCAUGGAUGUUCGCCUGCCUCCAGAGUUCCUCCAGAAACUAGAGAUGGAAAGUCCAGAGAUUUCCAAGCCUCUUAGUAGGAUGUCUCGACGGGCUUCUCUUUCUGACAUUGGAUUUGGGAAGAUGGAAACCUAUGUUAAACUGGACAAGCUGGGGGAGGGCACCUAUGCCACUGUUUUUAAAGGGCGCAGCAAGCUAACCGAAAACCUGGUUGCCUUGAAGGAGAUCCGGCUAGAGCAUGAAGAAGGAGCCCCCUGCACUGCUAUACGAGAGGUUUCCUUACUGAAGAAUCUCAAACAUGCAAACAUUGUGACCCUCCAUGAUAUCAUCCACACAACAUGCUCCCUCACUCUUGUCUUUGAAUAUCUGGACAGUGACCUGAAGCAGCAUCUGGACAGCUGUGGGAACCUGAUGAGCAUGUACAAUGUCAAGAUUUUCAUGUUCCAGCUGCUGCGUGGCCUCUCCUACUGCCACCAGCACAAGAUCCUGCACAGAGAUCUCAAGCCGCAGAAUCUGCUCAUUAAUGGGAAAGGGGAACUGAAACUUGCUGACUUUGGUCUUGCGAGAGCCAAGUCCGUCCCAACAAAAACCUAUUCCAAUGAAGUGGUCACAUUGUGGUACCGGCCCCCUGAUGUCCUACUGGGAUCCACAGAAUACUCUACUCCCAUUGACAUGUGGGGUGUGGGCUGCAUACACUACGAAAUGGUCACAGGACGUCCCAUGUUCCCCGGAUCCACUGUGAAAGAGGAGCUGCAUUUAAUAUUCAGGCUGUUGGGGACACCCACAGAAGAAACGUGGCCUGGCAUUACCUCUAAUGAGGAAUUCAAGGCUUACAAUUUCACACAAUAUCGGGCUCAGCCCUUGAUAAAUCAUGCACCAAGACUGGACACUGAAGGAAUCGACUUACUGAUGAGGUUCCUCCUGUAUGAAGCCAAAAGACGCAUUUCUGCUGAGUCAGCCCUGCAACACCCUUACUUUAUGGCCCUGGGUGAACGAGUGCAUCAUCUUCCUGAAACUGCCUCUAUCUUUUCUCUGAAGGAAAUACAGCUUCAAAAGGACCCUGGCUGCAGAGGAUCAGGCUUCCAGCACUCUGCUCGAGGGAAGAACAGGAGGCAAAGCAUAUUUUAAACCUGGUUUAAUCAUUCAAUGCAUCACCAGGGAGAUCAAAGCACUGAGAGGGAAGAGGACUACGUAGAUCUCAUGGAGCCCAUUCCAAGAACGAUGAAGGCUGGUAUCCACUGAACAGAACCUGCCCCUCCACCAUUGCAGGGCUGCUUUCCAGAAUCCCACAGCUUUCACCAGUCAAGAGACCUGGUGCCUGGACCAUCCCCUUUUCAUGUAGCAAUCAUUAUCCUCCACCUGGGCAAGGAUGUUCAUCAAGUGAUUACCUGUUAUCAGUGUGGCCCUAAAAUGUGGACGCAUGUGCUCACCACUGCUUUAGAGGGAGACAAAAUGGAGUCAGUAGGCGAUGGGGUGGGCAGGAUCUCACCACAGAAUUGCUUCUUGCUUUGCUUCUAACAUCAUGUUGUGACAAUGUGCUGAAUUUCAUUGUCCCUCCUCCCUCCCCCCCCACCAUCAUGAGAUGACUUCUAGGAAAUCAUGCAGACCUGUUGAGUCUGAGAGUAACAGGAGAAGCCCUCUGAUCCAUUCUAUGCAGAGCUCUCUGGCUUUGAACUGAAAAGGAAACUGUAACAUUUUAAGCAGAGGGGAAAUGCCUAUUUCCUUUGAGUUUCUUUUGCUCUGUUCAUCAAGAAUGAAUCUUCUUUCUGAAUGAUCCAAGCAUUUAGGGAGUGGAGAAACCCUUUCUUGGAUUGUCUUGGUCCACUUAGUCCUUGUCCCAUUCUGUUCCCCAGUGUUUGUUUUCUGAACUCAAGCUGCUAUACAAGGAACACCAGGAUUAGACUCCCACAGCAGAGCAUGAUCUAAAUCAUGUUUUAUUAAAGUUAUACCCAGUGUUUCUGAGAACUUCCCUUUAACUCGUCCCAAGAAUAAUUCAUCACUAGCUUGUCACUAAACAAACAGAUGCACUUUCCCUAUAAAAAGAGAACUGAGAUCCAAGUAACUCAAGAACUUCAAAAACUGGUGAGCCUCUUUUAAAUCUCACUGCAAAAUGUGAAAGAACUUGAGGUGUUCUUCCCCUUGCUAUUCCAGAUCCCUGCAGUGAAUUCUGCCUUCGUAACCAGUAUGCAAAAAUGCACCUGCAUUUCUUGCCCACAUUAUCGGGGAAAGAAACUUAAUUUAUUAACCAAAAAACUUGGUUUUCCGAAUAAGUAAUGUGCUCAGAGUUAAACAUCUGUCUAUGUUGUAUCAAAAUGGUUUGUGCAUUUUUCUUUUUUGUGAAUUCAGGAGCAAAUGCUAUUCAAACAAGGUCCAAUUCAGAACAGUUCCCCCCAAGGUCAGGCUGGUUGUGAAAAUGCCUUUCUUGUAAAACUUGAAACAAAGGGAUCUGAAUUCAUGUUGUAUUAUUUUUGCUGACUUAUCUUUAUUCUAACGGUCAACUAACUGCCGGGUGGGGGGGGGGAACAAUCUUAUGAGAUAACAAGUAGCAGGUCCUUGCAGUCAGAUAAGAUAUCUGUUUGCCAAUUCAGAGGUCUUGUCCUGAUGGUAUCAUUCAUUCUGUCCAGUCUCUGGAGAGAAACAUGAUCUCUCAAUGCCUCAGUUUUGCCAGCUGCUAAAUGGAGAAAUUUGAUUGCAUUGGUGGUAUUUAUAUGGGCACUUAAUAACCAUACAGAAUCUGUUCUUGACAACGUGCCAGAGCCCAGGAUUAGCAUCAUAAGCAAUUGCUUCGGACAGAUUCUUCAUCGCCAGUCUCUGUGUCUUGUUUAAAAAAUAAGCUCCUCUUUAAGAGAUUGGAGGGCCAUUGAUUUUAAGUGGACAAAAUGCCUAAGGUCAGCAUUGCCUAGGUAAAUGAGUGAUUCUCUAUUUUCAGAUGGGGCAUUUAGAGCUGAGAGAGUUAAGUCAAAUAUUGCAUACAGUUCCUGGCUAAGGCACCAGCUCUGUACCCAGAGGUGCACCUAGGUAAUUUUGGUGCAUGGACCUAAAGGCCUUUGGAGGCCCUUCUGCUGCAAGUUAAGUAUCAUUUUUUAACACGUAGGUUCUUGAGGGCACAAACCACACCACCCAGGGCAGACUAAAGAUGCUUUGGGGGCACCCAGGUGGUGUGGAGGCCCUGGACUUUGGUAAGAGCGCUUCUAUCUGUACCCAGUCAUGAAUGAUCAGGGCUCAAAAGAGUCUGGAAGCUAAAGAAUUGGCUGGGUUCGUCAAGUCAAUAUGUAACAUUCAGCCUUCUUGGCCAUUGUAUCCCUCUAUCAGUUGCCCAGUCAGUGUGCUGCAGUGACAAUAGAAGCAACCACUGUCAGAAUUCUCUUUCUGUAUAGCUCUUAACAGCCCUGUCUCUGGACUCCUAAUCCAGUAACCCCUUCUUUGGCUCCCUGACCCGCAGUCUUGAGCCCUUCAAGCUUCCCUUGCCUGUCUCUUUCCUUCCUGACAUAAUGCAGAACCCCUUCUGUUCUUAGGUGGUAUAUGAGGUUCUUACUGCAUACCUACUUUUUCCUUGGCUCCACUUUUCACCAGUUCCAUGACUCCAGCACACACACUUCCCGUAAGUCUAUGCUUUUUCAGCCCACUUCCUACUUUGCCGUACUUUCUGUGGCCAGCCUACCAAGCAUUUUUUGCAAUAGAGCAUACAGUCCAUCCACCAGUGAGCACUGUAGGGUUUCUUCAUGAACCACCUUGGUUGUGUUUCUCCUCUGCCCUUUCCUCAAGCCACCUUCAUCUCUCCUGCCUUCUGCUUCCUCUCUCUCUGCCCACUGGCUACUUUAUUUACUUCCUUUAGGCACCCAGCCUCUUGGUUCCCUGCAUCUUACCUUUCCUACCUCCUGGAACUUAUUUCUCUGUCUUUGGCUGCCCCACAAAGCUAUUUCUAUCUCUAGGACAUGUGUGAGACUUAAUCCCAGCCAAACUGACCUCUUUUUCCUCAAAGAAUCUGAAUGGCAGAUAUUCUUACAGCUUUAUUCCCUGAACGUGGGUAACCCUUUUUCUAUUGCAUUUGAUCAACCAAUGUCAGUGUCUUGGCUGCCACAAGCAAAUGCAAUAUAAGUAUCUCAAAAUAAAAAAGGAGAUUGUAUGCGGGAAAUGUACUUUAAGCACUGAAAUUCCUGGACUGAAUCUAUACUUUCAGGGGCACAGAAUUCAGUUUCCUACCCAGGUCCCAGUGUUGCUUCCAUGAAGCUGCUAUCUGCCAAUAACAGUGUGGAAGCAAAACCUUCUGUAACGCCCACUCAUUUUUAAUGUUAUUUGUUUUAUUCAUAGAAGUCAGAUUAUUUAUUAGGCCUCAUGCCAAAGUGUAUGACCAGAUUUCUGCACUCUGACAUGUUUCUGUUUCUGGGCCUUCAUAUACAGUAAGAAAAAACCUCAUUUUCUAAUCAGUGAAAAUAAAUGACCAAGUGUCAUUUACCAGCUUUCUCUCCUCAGUACAUACAUGGUGCAGAGUUGAAUAUAUAUUUUUCUGAUUCAUAUCAUACUAAUUCAACGUUUGCUACAGUAAACACUUUGUAGGACUGAA